AUGAGCAAAGGCGGCGAGCAUGCGCAUGUGCUCAUAGGGCUCAUUUCGCUCCGUGGGCUGGGUGCCAAGACUAACGCAGUGGUCAAGGCCUCGCUUGUCACACACCGCGCAAACGGCGAGGUCGAGGUUGAUGGUGCCAAGACAGCGCCGGUGCUGGAGAUGGUUCAUGUCCUCCCGCCACCGCCAGCGACUCGUGAUGCAGCUGGGGCACCGGUCCUGCAUGCGUACUAUCGGGUUUGUCUGAGAGAGGAUGGCGAGGCGCUGGAUGACUCUGGCCUGCUUCAGAUCGAGGUGUAUGAUCAUCGGGUACUCGGUGCGGACGUUCUCGUCGGUAUGGCCGCCCUGCAGCUGCCGUUACGGAAGCUGAGCGAGACCGGCGAGUGUAUCCUCACUUGGCUUCCGCUCUCACAGUCGGAGCCGUCGCCGGUGAAGCGGUGCAACUCGACAGCGUCGGCGCAGGAGAUCACUGCGCACGCGGUCAUGGACGCGUCGACAAACUCACAGGGCGUGAUGUCGCUGGAGGAUCUGGCGGUGCGGGUCAUGGUCGUGUAUGAAAUCAACGAGACAUAUGCGGUCAAGGCAGCGCGGUCAGUGUAUGCGCCGCCGAUUGAUUGCCGAGUUGAAGUGGCAGAAGCCCGCGGGUGGACGCCGCUCUUUGAGCCUGGCACCCGGAUGACGGUCGAGACGGCGCUGGUGGCGGUCGACGACGAGCCAGCGUCCAACCCGGCCAACUACUUGCAAGAGAACCCGCCCGAGCUGGUGGGCCAGUAUGCGUCGCUGUUUGCCACCUCGCGGCAUGUGGUGCUCAUCUCGUCACCAACGGGCCGGAUCACGCCGAGCGUGGUUGCCAUUCUCGCGUCGGAGCAGGCCGGGCACCGUGGCCGACCGCUCCUAGUCUACUGGACGGUGGUCUUCACCAAGGCUUCGAUUCGGUACCUUGCGCUUCCGACGCCGCCGGACGAGGCGAUGACGGUGCCGCAGCUCCUUGCGCGGCUCUCGCCAGACUGGGCAACACCUGACGCCACCAAAUCGUUCCGUAUGCGCGAGAUCGAUCCCAAAGUGCCCGCCGAUGCGGCGCUUGUUGCCGAGCUCGUGCGGCUCGAGACGCCCGAGGCCGAGCCCAAGCUCAAGCUCGGGGCGUUGCUGGUGACUGCCGGGCAGACCGUGGAGAACGACAUGUACUCGAACCGGGAGACCACGUCACUGUUCGACGAGUUUCUCGGGCUUAUGGCACAGAAGGUCCGGCUCAAGGGCUUUGGGGGGUACUCGGCACAGCUCGACACCGAGCACGAUGGCUCUGGCGAGUACUCGUACCACGUGGCCAACUUUGAGGGUGUGGAGAUUAUGUUCCACGUUUCGACCGAGUUGCAGUACGACGAGACCGACGAGCAGCGGAUCCAGCGGAAGCGGUUCAUCGGCAACGAUAUUGUGGUGGUUGUCUUUGUCGAAGACGAGCACACGCUGUUCUCGGGCAGUGCGCUCACUUCCGAGUACACCAACGUGCUGCUUGUGGUCUCGCCGAUAACGUACCAGGGCGCGGCGUACUACCGGGUGGCAGUUGCUCGCAACAAGGGCGUGCCAGCGUUUGGCCCACCGGCGGCGGCACUCUAUCCACGCAACGCCGGCUUUGCCGCCUUCCUCCUCACCAAGGCCAUCAACGCGUCGACGGCGGCAUGCGCGUCACCCGAGUUUCUGGUCCGCGAACGGCGGACGCGCGCGACGUACUUGGAGCUCUUCCACAGCAAGGCCAGCAGCGAGGCACACGACGUGCCGCGAGGCGUGUGGCAGCCGGUCAAGGCGCGGAUCGCGCCGUACGCACCGGGCGCGGGAUUUCCCUCUCCGUCAGCGGCGCGCGGAAGCGGCGUUGCCUUUGUCCCCGUCCUCGCCGACUUUCCGGGCCACAUCGACACCUUUGACUCUGUGGGCCCGUUUGUUUUCUUUGGCACUGCUGACGGGGUCUUUCUCCACCAGACCGGCACUGAGCCGCGCAAGGUUGUCUCGCUCCGCAACGUUGUCCAGCUCGGUGUCGAUAGCGUGCUCGGCGUGCUGUACCUGCGGACAGCGCCGCCGCAAGACAACAUGUUUGCCAUCACGAUGCGCGAGCUGUUCCGCGGCGGCGACCCGACGGUGGUCAUGCUCACACCACAGCGACCGACUUACUUUACCUGGGGCGUGGUGGACUCGCGCAAUGUGGUUGCGGUGGUGGUCGGCCGCGGCGAGGGGGUUGUUGUCUUUGACGCCUCGACCAUCGCCUUUGAGCCACUUGCACGCAUCCGCAUGCCCUCGACCAUCUGCUCGAUCUGCCUCACCGAGCGCGGAUUGUUUGUGGCGACGUCUGGUGAGCGUGCGGUGCUUGCGGGUGCACCGGCGUUUGAAGAGUUUGCCGGUGCUGGGCCCAGCGUUGCAGCAGCUGGGGUGCCGGCCGGUGGUGAGGCGCACGACAGCUCUGCGGCGCUGCUCGAGUUUGUCGCGCUGAGCGAGCGGCUUGAGACUGAGCGGCGCGAGCGGCGGGUCAGCGCCUUAUCGUCGUCGCGCUCGUUCUUUCGUCGCAAGUCGUCGCGGGGCGUGGCAGACCCGUUGGACUCGGCGCUCGCCGGGGCCCGAGCCGGCCUCUGCCUCUCGGGCGACGACAGUGCUGUGAGCGAGAACGCCGGAGUGACGUUCUCUGGUAGCACUGCGGCACACGGCGCGCCGGGCUUUUACUUUGUGGAGCUGUUUGGACGAGCAGGACCCAAGACAGUCGAGCUGACGCGGUCGACGUCGUUUGAGACGAUGGCGAUUGCUACGCUGCGGCUCUCGACGGGCAUGCUGGUGGCGUACCCAACGUACGGGGUGCUCCUCAACGAAGCCGGGCUUGUGGAUCGGUCGUUCUCUAACAUUUGGUGGACGUCUGUGCCGCGGGCGUUCCUCCCGAUGGGUGCGUUCUUUGUGGUCUGCUACGAGUUGUACCUCGAGGUGUACUCGGGCCUCGCUGGAGCGCUUGUGGAGCGUGUGGCGCGUGUGGUGGACGCUCCCAACGAGUGCGGGCUCCGCGGCACGUUUGUGACCUCGUGGGACUCUGUCCGCAACGUGACAAGUGUCGACGCCAUUGUGCUCACGCCGGACAAAUCCGAGGGGGCCGACGAGUGGAUGCCGUUUGCGGAUGCGCCGCUGAUGGCGCUCCGAUCGACGCUAUUGAGCAAGCCACCGUCGCUCCGGGGCAUGCUUUCGAUGGUCGACGAGGCGUCGACUGCGCCGCCGUCGGAGGCGGGCGAGACGGACGAGUCCAUUGACCUCUCGCGAGUAGAGUCGGCGCGGAUCAACGCAACGCUGUCCGAGGCGGUGGACCGGGCCCGCGAGGCCGCCAUGUCGCGAGCGGCACGGAAGAAGCUGCACCGGCUGCGGUCGCGGGCAUCGGCGCUCAAGCGGUUCCGGCGGCGGCGGCGCAAGGCGCGAGAAGCCAAUGUGGUCCACGCCCUCGCCGACGUCGGCGCCGAGGCCACGUACGUGCCACCGGCACCGCAGAUUGGCGUCAACACCUGUCACUACUGUGUCUCGGACAUGGGCAUCGCGGCUGCGUCGCAGGUUGCCUUUGUCGACAUCCGGGCCAUCUUCGACGCCCAGGCCACGACCGGCGACCCUGCGUCGUUCUACGCCGACCGGCUCCUCGCCCAGCUCGGCAGCGCCUCGCCCGCCAUCCGCUCGCACCUCGAGUCCUCAAGCUCGGCAGCUGCUGUGCUCCGUGCCGCCCAGCGGAGCCGGGCCCGGGCUGCGCCCCACAAUCGGCAAGACCGCGAGCUCGACGCCGCCAUCAUGAUCGUCGAGCAGGAACUGCUCGAGCUCGACCGCAUCCUCCACUUUGUAGGUCACUCGAACCUCUUUCCUCCCGACGUUGGGCCAGCCAUGGUCAACAUCGACGCCUUGGAUUGCUACGUGGAGAUGGUUGAUGCGGCGGCGGAGGCUGGAAAGGAGGCGAUAAUCGACGGCGCAGUGGCGAUCGAGGGCGAGGUUGGGCUGGAGGGCAAGGCUGGGCUCGGUGCUGGGGCUCGGACACAGGUCAAGGUCAAGGGCGAGAUCGAGGCUGAAGACGAGUCUGGUAUGGCGCUUGUGGAGACAGGCACAGGUUUGGCAGCGAUCGGGAGCGAAGAGGGUAGGCCGGUUGCGGCUCGCGCGACUGUUCCGUCGUGCUCGGCGGCAUACGAUGACGAUGCGAGGUGGGUCAAGUGCUUCAAUGGCGGAAAUGCCAGCUGUGUGGUCGAUGAUGUGUCGGGGACGGAGACAGUGCCGCGGUGUGGGUGCGCGGAAGGAUGGGAGGGCGUGCAGUGCUCGCAGUGCGUCUCGUCCGACGCGUGCACCACUCCGGGCACGACGUGCACGGCAGCGUUCAAAUGGACGGACAUGCCGCCGCAGUUUGCUGUGGGCGACGGAAUCGGGAGCAGCCAGCAAGUCUCCCGUGGCUACGCGCUCGAUUGCGUGCUCACUGAUGCGUUUUCGGUCGAGCAGCUCGGCGGCGGGGCAGUGGCGUACGUGUGUAACGCCGAGACCCGCUCAUGUGAUCUGGAUGUGUUUGAGACGUCUGCUGGCGUGCCACACAUCUUCCACUGCGAGUUUACUGGCUGUUCGCAGUCGUCGUCCCAGCGAAAGACGGUGACGCAGUGCGCUCGGACUUUGUGCUCGUGCUCAGGCACUGAUUGCUCCGACUCGCUCACUGCUCUUCUCCGCAACAUGCAGUCCAGUUCGUUUGUCGAUUGUGACCGCGGCACCGGUGAGUGCUUCAUCUCACAGAACGAGCUUCCGCUGUUUAUCCGGGCCACGUGCGGGGCCCAGACGUGCACGCGCCCGCAGAUUGCGCCCGACGACGUCAAUCCCGGACUAGUGGUGGGCCUUACUGUAGCGGCGCUGGUCUUGACCGCGGCGGCGCUGGUUGGCGUUGUCUAUCUGCGGUGCGCCGCUUUCCGCAAAUCGACUGCCCGCAAGUCGGCGCUGCCAAUGGCGGUCAGCCGGGCGCUGGCAGUUGUGGGUGGGAGCCAAGACGACGGGCGGCGCAAGGCUGUUCUUGCAGCGUCUUCGAUUGGCUACUCACUGUUUGGCAUCCGCAUUCUCAAGGCGGUCUCGGCCGUCUUUGCGCCGGGCAAGGUUCAUGCGCUGAUGGGUGCGUCAGGCGCUGGCAAGACGACGCUGCUGGACAUUCUUGCGGCGCGCAAGAGCGAGGGUGUGCUCUCGGGCGUUGUCGCGUAUGCAGGCAAGCCUGUGGUCGGCCUGGGCGGCUCGUACAUGGCCAUUUCUGGCUAUGUGCUCCAGCAGGACGCGCUGCCGGCGCACCUCACUGUCCGCGAGGCGCUCAUCGAGGCAGCGCUGCUUAAGCUUCCACCUGGAACGCCGUUGACUGACGUAGUUGACAAGGUCGAUGCGCUUGUCGAGCUUCUGGGCUUGCUUGCUGUCGAAGACUCGCUCAUUGGAACACUCGACGGCGACGGGGCCCGUGGGCUCUCGGGCGGACAGUUGCGGCGUGUCUCGAUUGGAACGCAGCUGGUUACCUCACCGGCCGUUCUGCUUCUCGACGAGCCGACGUCUGGACUGGACGCCGGCGCGGCGCUCUCGCUUAUGACCAUGCUCUCCAAGCUGGCGGCGGCGACUGGGACGACCAUGGUCUGCUCGCUGCAUCAGCCACGGUCUGCGAUCUUUCAGCUGGUCGACUCUGUGCUGCUGCUGGUGGAGGGCGCGCGGGCAUUCCACGGACCGCCUGCCGCACUUCCGCAGGCGCUGGAAGCUGCAGGUUUCCCCGUUCCGCCUGGGUUCAACGCCGCCGACUUUGCGCUGGACGUUGUGACUGCGCAUGCCCAGCCGGAACCGGUGGCGGUCAGCUCCCGUCUUGCACUGCUGGGCUCGACUGACUCACUCAUCGACGCGUUGCAGGCGGUCGACGUGCACGAGGCCGAGAUCGGUGGCCUCCCCGAUGUGGCCGAGGCGACCGCACCUGCAUCUGCCGAGGCGUCCGAGGCGGCCGCAGCGCGCGCGGCCGAGCGCAAGACACAGGCGGCGUCGGCAGCACGGCUGGCGGCGGCGCAGGCAGCUCGGAUUGCGGCUGUCCAGGCUGGCGGCGCAGUAGUCGAGACAACGCAGCAGACUGCGAUCGGGGAGUCGCUCGACGAAGAGCAGGAGGAGACUGGCGACGACGGGCUCUACUCGUACUCGUACUCGUACUCGGAAGUUGGCGGCGGCGCGGAGGCACCGACCCACGCGCCACGUCGACCGGCGGCGGCGUCGGGUCCGCGAGUUGCACCGGCGGCGAUCGCGAAUGCAGACGAGGAUGAGGCACAGCCGGGCGCGGUGGCGCGGGCGCGGGAGUGGCUGCACGCGUGUGCGCGGCAGACGUUUGUCCUCCUUCACCGCGGAGUGCUUGAGCUCGUGCGGCGGCCGCUGUUGCUGCGAUCGCACAUGGCUGCGGCCCUGGUGAUUGGGCUCAUCAUCGGAGUGGUAUACUUUGACGUGGAGGAGGACCUGUCAGGAGUGCAGGACAAGGCCGGCAUCUUGUUCUUCUCUGUCUCGCUCUUCUCGUUUGGCUCACUCUCUGUCGUGGACGGAUUCGGGGCCGGGCGUGCGCUGAUGACCCGCGAGCGUGCGGGCGGGUGGUACGGAUCGAGUGUGUGGCUGACGACACGGACAGUAGUCGAUGCGCUGCCGCUGCGGGUGGUGCCGGCGUGCGUCUACGCGAUUGUGGUUUACUUUAUGGUUGGCCUGCGUCUGGAGAGCGCGGCGCAGUUCUUCAACUUUGUGGUUGUGCUCGCCGGCGUGGCGCUCGCUGGGGCGGCGCAGACAGCGGCAGUGAGCCUCUGGUCCUCGUCGUCGGGCCAGGCUUCGCUUAUUGCGGUCCUCCUGCUUCUCGCGCAGAUGUUGUUUGGCGGCUUCCUCAUCAACACCGACGGCAUGCUCCCGGCCAUUGCGUGGCUCCGCUACUUUUCGUUCUUUGGCUACGCGUUUGAGGCGCUCAUGGUCAACGAGCUCCGCGACCAGAUGGUGGUCUUCAACCCCUCGGGCUUUACACCGAUCCUUCUCAACGGCAACGUCAUCCUCGACAACUAUGCCCUCGAUGAAGGCGCCAUGGUCCGCGACAUGGUUGUUCUCUACGUCCUCUGGGGCGGCCUGCUUGUGCUCGCCUGGCUCGGCCUCGUCCUCCGCGUCCGUGAGAAGCGGUAA